AUGGCGGCGGGCUUAGGCCCGGGGCUGGAGCGCAGGAGCGGCGGCGGCGGCGGCGGCGGCUGGGGCCGGAGCCGGGGCGCGGUGCUGCUGCUCUUCUUCUCGCUGUCGCCGCGGCCCCCGGGCGCGGCGGCGUGGCUGCUUGGGCUGAGGCCGGAGGACACCGCGCCCGGGCGCGUGUGGCUCGAGGGGGGAGCGCUGCGGGCGGCUGAGGGCUCCCGCUUCCUGCUGCGCCUCUACUUCCAGCCGGCGGCCGAGGGCAACGCCAGCAGCAGCAGCGCUGGCGGCUGGGGGGAGCAGAGCGAGCGGCGGCUGGUCUUCGUGGAGGAGCCGGCCGAGGAGGAGCGCUGCCCCGAGCGCAGCGCCUGGGCCUCGGAGGUGGAGGUGCUGGGCCCGCUGCUGCCCGGGGGCUCGGCCGGCUCGGCCCUGGCCGAAGUGAGGGUGCGGGAGCCGCGCAAGGGCGAGCCGGGCGUGGGGCCCCGGGGGCGCCGCUUCGGGCUGUGCGCCUGGGACGGGCGCGCCUGGCAGCUGCACGGCGCGCCCGGCGGCUUCGUCCUGCAGGUGGAGGCGGCGGGCGCGGCGCUGGCGGCGGGGCUGGUGCCGCUGCCGGCGGCGAGCUGGCUGCGGGCGCUGGGCGCGCUGCUCCUGCUGGGCCUGUCGGCGCUUUUCAGCGGCCUGCGCCUGGCGGUGCUGUCGCUCGACCCGCUGGAGCUGCGCGUGCUGCGCAACAGCGGCUCGGCGGCCGAGCGGGAGCAGGCGCGCAAGGUGGAGGCGGCCCGCGGGCGCGGCGGGAGCGGCACCUACCUCCUGUGCACGCUGCUGCUGGGCCAGGCCGGCGCCAACGCCGCGCUGGCCGGCUGGCUGUGCGCCUCGCUGCAGGGCGCGCCCAGCCCUCUGGCGGAGGCCGGCCGCGGCGUGCCCUGGCUGCCCGUGCUGCUCUGCACCGGCGUGGUCUUCCUGGGCGGCGAGGUGCUGCCCUACUCGGUGUGCUCCCGCCACGGGCUGGCCAUCGCCGCGCACACGCUGUGCCUCACCCGCCUCCUCAUGGCCGCCGCCUUCCCCGUCUGCUACCCGCUCAGCCGCUUGCUGGACUGGGCCCUGCGGCAGGAGCUGAGCACCUUCUCCACGCGGGAGCGCCUGCUGGAGACGCUGCGUGCGGCUGACCCGCAGGGGGACUUGGUGAGUGGGGAGCUGGCCAUGGUGCAGGGCGCGCUGGAGCUGCGCACCAAAGCGGUGGAGGACAUCCUGACGCCCCUGAGUGACUGCUUCAUGCUGCGGGCCGACGCUGUGCUGGACUUUGCCACUAUCUCUGAGAUCCUCCGCUCAGGCUACACGCGCAUCCCGGUCUAUGAAGGUGAGCGGCGUGACAACAUCGUGGACUUACUGUUCGUCAAGGACUUGGCCUUUGUUGAUCCUGAUGACUGCACCCCUCUGCAGACAGUCACCCGCUUCUACCGCCGACCACUGCACUGCGUGUUCCAUGACACCCGGCUGGACGCUCUGCUGGAGGAGUUCAAAAAGGGAAAAUCACACCUGGCAAUUGUGCAGCGGGUAAAUAACGAAGGGGAAGGAGAUCCCUUCUAUGAAGUGAUGGGAAUUGUCACCCUUGAAGAUGUGAUUGAGGAGAUCAUCAAAUCGGAGAUUCUGGAUGAAACAGACCUGUACACUGACAAUCGGAAGAAAGAGCGGGCACCGCAUAGGGGUCGGAAACCCCACGAUUUCUCCAUUUUCCGGCUUUCAGAUAGUGAGAUGAAAGUAAAGAUUUCUCCACAGCUGCUGCUGGCCACGCAUCGCUUCAUGGCUACAGAGGUGGAACCCUUCAAGCCCCCAUAUCUCUCAGAGAAGAUCCUGCUGCGGCUCCUCAAACACCCCAACGUCAUCCAGGAAAUGAAAUUUGACCACAAGAACAAACGGGCACCCGAACACUACCUCUAUCAGCGCAACAGGCCGGUUGACUACUUUGUGCUGAUCCUGCAGGGAAAAGUGGAGGUGGAAGUGGGGAAGGAAGGCCUGCGUUUUGAGAAUGGAGCCUUCACCUACUAUGGUGUCCCAGCCAUCAUGGCUGUUGUCUGCUCAGAUAACGACGUGCGCAAAAUGAGCAGCCUGGCGGGGUCCUCUUUCCUGUUGCCUGUGUCCAUGUCCCGUACCUUCGCCUUCAGCAGAGGGGAAUCUUUGGCUGGCUCCCCAGUGAACCAGUCACCUUCCCGAUGCAGUGGCUUGAAUCGCUCUGAAUCUCCUAUCCGAGAGCGUAAUGACUACGGAGGAAGCAGCACCCAACUUCACAGUGGCAGCAACAACAACAUCUACACGCCAGACUACUCUGUACACAUCCUCUGUGAUGUACAGUUUGUCAAGAUCACUCGGCAGCAGUACCAGAAUGCACUGGCUGCUAGCCGCAUGGACAGCUCACCCCAGACCCCUGACAUGGAGGUUUUUAGUGAUGGAGACUCCACAAAGGCUCCCACAGUCAGGGGCACUCCACAGACACCCAAGGAUGAUCCUGCCGUUCUCCUGAAUAUGAGAAACAGCAUUGUGGUUAGCCAUUCGGAUGGACGCCUGAAGAGCCCCACAGACUCUGUGUUUUUACAAGUCGAGGGAAUUCCUGACAUCCAAGAGGAGCUGGCAAGGGGCACAGAGAGCGGCACACAACAGAAAAAUGAGGGCUGUGCUGUCAGACUGGAACCUGCGACUUCCAACACAGAAAAAGAGACCAGCACAUCCCCAAGUGGUCCUGCGGAGCCCCUGGGCAAGAACCUACUUCGUACCCUUAGUGGGCGAAGAAGAAAACCACUAGCAGAGAGUGAAAAGAGUUCUGAUGAUUGUUCCAACUUCACACCUCUCAUCACAUGAGCAGCAACGUGCCCUCGAAUCUCCCACAGGUCUGCAGCAUGACAACUAACAGACAAGGAUCAUGCGUGUGUGAUGGCACGUGCUUCCCUCCCACAUUAUCUGUCUCCUGCCUUCAGGGCUUGCGAUUCAGACAACAGAUGUGUGAGGGCCAAGCCUGAGCGGUGGAGACAGAACUUAAGAGAGCUGAGCACCGGGUCUCAGCAAAAGGUGGAAAAAGAAGAUAGUAGAGAAGCAGUGGGGUGUGUGGGAUCCUGUGGGUAGCUUAAGCUUUACCAUCACAAAGUACUUCCAGUAGGGUAACGCCCAAGGGGAAUGGGGUACAUAGUCCCACCUGGAAGUAUCUACCCUUCCUUACGCAUGGUCCUGCCCCCCAUGCAUGUAUGUGCAGCAACAGCACUGCACCUGCCACUCCCUCUGUAUUCAUCAACAUGUGACCAUUACACAAAUGUGUCUGAGACCUAUUGUUGCCUGUAACCAGAACCAGCCGGCUUUGGGUUUGCAACGUGUCUCACAGACCAAUGCACUGAUCACCCUUCAUCUGUGGGCACUAAGUCAGACAAACAUGGGAGUGUGGCUCCAAACAGAGCCCUGCCCUCCAGCUCCAUUCAGAACAAAGAGGGAGUUUUGAAACUAAACAUC